AUGGCGAUCAACGAAGGGUUCAUUACCCCAGCACCCAACGCCAACCCCAACGCCUUGGGCCAGCAGGAGGUGCCCGUCGCCCCCAUCAGCUGCUGGAACAUUGGCUUUGUCACGAGCGUCCUCGCCUUCCCCACUGCCCUUGACGAGGAACGCCUCAAGAAGGCGUUUGCGACUGCUGCGAGCUUCUGGCCUGUUGUUUGUGGUCGCUUUGUCAAGAGCUCGACGCCGUCGUUCCCCGAGUUUGCGAUCUCCCUCACCGAGUCGCCGAUCCCGUUCUCGACCCAGACGACGGAGGACGAGUACCCUUACCCGACCAAGAACGUGGUCCAGGAGUCACUGGGAUCAUACGCUCCACCGCUGCGCGACGACUUCUUCGUGCCCGGCGCGGAUGCGCCUCAAGUCGCCGUGCGACUCUCGACACUCGCGAACGGCAACUCGGUGCUCGGUAUCAACUGGGGCCACGUGCUUGGCGACGCAGCGGCUUUCUCGCGCUUCCUCGAAGACGUGUCUUUGUUCUACAACAUGGGCCGCUUCGCCGACCUCGGUGACGACAUGCCGACAUUUGCUCCGCACGUCACCAUCCCUCUCGCGGGCGAGAAGACGCUUAAGGACUACCACCUUGACCUGCUCGAGCCCAUGGAUGUGCCCGAGGUCUUCAAGGGCUACUCCGAUGCCACUACGGCGGGGGAGUUCUUCACCGUCCGCCUGUCGCUCAGGGAGCUUGCGCACAUCACCGCCUCUCGCACGGCUGGCGAACACUGCAGUGACGGCGAUAUGCUGUCCGGGUGGUGGAUUGGCGUGCUCGAGCGCGCUGGCCGGAGAGUCGACCGCGCUGUCCAGACCAUCAACUACCGCAGCUGGCACCAGGGUGACCGUGCGUUCCCGCGCAACCUCCCCACCCUCGUGGCCAACGUCGCGCAGAUGCGCGAGAUCCCCAUUCCCUCUCAGACGCAGGGCCAGAAGCCCGCCAUCCGUGCCCGCACCGUUGCGCGUGCGAUCAGGGGUGGCAUGCAGGAACUGAAGAACGACCGCGAGGUCAUGCUCAAGUGGCUCGGCAACGCGGCGUACGAGAUCGGCCGCGCCUCGCACGAGGGCAAGACGUUCUGCCUCGUCCCACGGCCAGGUGGCGUUGUAAUCAACUCGAACAUGAGGUACGACUGGGCGAUCAAGUUUGGCCAGCCAGGUGCCAACUACCACACGGACGUUUGCCUGACCAACUUUCUGCGUGUGUUCCUUGCGAACGCCGCGCCAGGCCAGGAGGCCGUGCCCGUCCAUGAGCGCGACGUCGAGCUCGCAUUCCGCGUCGAGUGGGGUCCCGCUGCCGAGGCUGUGCAGAAGGUCAUUGACGAGGACCGCGCGCGUUGGGCCACGACCGAGCCCGUAGCCGAGGACGAGUCGGCCGCCGAGGCGCCCAUCCGCUCGUUCAGCAUGAACGCUGUCCCGGCCCGCUCGCCCUGGGGCGAGUAA